AUGCCGCGCGUCGUCCCGGACCAGAGGAGCAAGUUUGAGAACGAGGAGUUUUUCCGCAAGUUGAGCAGGGAGUGCGAGAUUAAAUACACCGGCUUCAGAGACCGGCCCCACGAGGAGCGACAGGCCCGUUUCCAGAACGCCUGCCGGGACGGACGCUCCGAGGUGGUGAGUACCUCUCCCCGCUUUGUCGCCUUUGGUCGGAGAGGAAACUGCUGGUGUCAUGUGACACAAAGAGACGCGCGCGCAAUAAAAGGAGACGCCCGGCCGGGUGAGGGGUCACGGGACCGGGGCGGAAGCUGCUCUCGGCCCGGGGCGGCUCUCCACCAGGUGCCGGGUGCCCUGCUGCGCGUCCCGGGACCAGGAAGUGGAGGCCCUUAUCAGACACGCGAACGCAGCAGGCUGAGCCCCGGCAGCCUUCUUCCCUCCCCUCAUUGUCUGGGAGGGCCCAACAUGUGGCCAGCUCCAGCUCCCAGGCCUCUGAACGAAGGCUGUAAUUUGGGGGCCUGA